GACUCUCCGGAAGGAGACGUGGCGGCGGUUGGGUCCCCGGCACCUUCUGCUUUUGUUGUCCGCCCGCCGCCUCCUCCCCCCCUCCUCCCCUCUGUCGGCAGCGGAGGCUUUGCGGCGGCUGGAGAACGCGGUGGAGGAGGAUGGAGGAAGGAGGCGGCGGUGCGCGGAGUCUGGUGCCUGGCGGUCCAGUGUUUCUAGUCCUCUGCGGCCUCUUGGAGGCGUCCGGCGGCGGCCGAGCGCUCCCCCAGCUCAGCGAUGACAUCCCUUUCCGAGUCAACUGGCCCGGCACCGAGUUCUCGCUGCCCUCAACUGGAGUUUUAUAUAAAGAAGAUAACUAUGUCAUCAUGACAACUGCACAUAAAGAAAAAUAUAAAUGUAUACUUCCCCUUGUGACGGGUGGAGAUGAGGCAGUGACUUCUUUCAAGAUGAGAAAGGGGAGAGGCAGCCUGGUAAAAUGGAAAGGACUCCAGCCUAGGAGCCAGGAGACUGAGGAAGAAGACAAGGACUAUAAAGGCCCUAGUCCAAGAGAGCUGUUGGAACCACUUUUUAAGCAAAGCAGUUGUUCCUACAGAAUUGAAUCAUAUUGGACUUAUGAAGUAUGCCAUGGGAAACAUAUUCGGCAAUACCACGAGGAAAAGGAAACUGGUCAGAAAGUAAAUAUUCAUGAGUACUACCUUGGAAAUAUGUUGGCUAAGAACCUCCUAUCUGAAAAAGAACAAGAAGCAAAGGAAAAAGAAAAAUCAAAAGAGAUUCCCACUAAAAAUAUUGAAGGUCAGAUGACACCCUACUAUCCUGUGGGAAUGGGAAAUGGUACACCUUGUAGUUUGAAACAGAACCGGCCCAGAUCGAGUACUGUGAUGUAUAUAUGUCAUCCUGAAUCUAAGCAUGAAAUUCUUUCAGUUGCUGAAGUCACAACUUGUGAAUAUGAAGUUGUCAUUUUGACACCACUCUUGUGCAAUCAUCCUAAGUAUAGAUUCAGAGCAUCUCCUGUGAAUGACAUAUUUUGCCAGUCACUACCAGGGUCACCGUUAAAGCCCCUCACCCUGAGGCAGCUGGAGCAGCAGGAAGAGAUACUCAGGGUGCCUUUUAGAAGACAUAAAGAGGUAUGAGAAUUAUUAAUAAUAUUUUCUCAG